CUCUGCGCGUCUCGGUGCGCCUGAGGUCGCUGUUGUGAACGUCAGCUCUCCCUCGUCUCUUUCGAUUUUGGAGUGAAAAUGGAGAAACACUACACGGACUCACAAGUCAAAGGAGUCAGCACAGGGACUACCGUCCUGGCUGUCAUUUUUGAUGGAGGGGUCGUGAUUGGGUCAGACUCCAGGGCUUCAAUUGGAGGGGAAUAUAUAUCAUCCAAAACCAUCAACAAGGUGAUUCAGGUCCAUGACAGGAUCUUCUGCUGCAUAGCUGGUUCACUUGCAGACGCUCAGGCCGUCACCAAAGCUGCAAAGUUCCACCUGUCCUUCCACAGUGUCCAGAUGGAGAGCCCUCCACUGGUGAUUGCAGCAGCGUCUGUGCUGAAGGAAUUGUGCUAUAAUAACAAAGAUGAGCUCCAGGCCGGCUUCAUCACAGCAGGCUGGGACAGGAAGAAAGGACCACAGGUGUACGUUGUUGCUCUAGGUGGGAUGUUAGUCAGUCAGUCUGUUACCAUCGGUGGUUCAGGCAGCACUUACAUCCACGGCUAUGUAGAUGCUAAAUACAAACCCAAUAUGACCAGAGAGGAAUGUCUACAGUUUGCCACUAACGCUCUCGCUCUGGCCAUGGGCAGGGACAACGUCAGCGGGGGUGUCGCUCACCUGGUGGUGAUCACAGAGGGAGGGGUGGAGCAUGUGGUUGUACCUGGUAACAAGCUGCCCAAGUUCCAUGAUGAGUGAUCUCCUUCUGACCUCCAACCUUCAAAUCAUUAAUGAAAUGUAUUAAUUGGAAUCCAUAAGUCACACCUUUAUUCCUAAUUUGUUCUGUGUAGAAAUGGGAACUGGGAACCAAGUUCAACUAAAAUCUGAAGCAUAAAAAUAUACUUGUCACAAGUUGUGUGUGUCCUAUUUGCAUGUUCUAUGUUUUUUUGUAGAAAAUAUUGGAAAUUAAAAUGAAUAAUAAUAAUAAAAAAACAUUUUCCAAAAUCUC